AUGUCUGACAGCUACGGAGGCAACGACAGCUACGGCUCCAGCCGUCGCGACAAUGAUAACGACAACUCCUACGGCUCCAGCCGCCGUGACAAUGAUAACGACAACUCCUACGGCUCUGGCAACAACGACAGCUACGGUUCCAGCCGUCGUGACGACGACAACGACAACUCCUACGGCUCCUCUCGCCGUGACAACAACGAGAGCUCGUACGGAUCUGGCAACACUGGUAUUGGUGGCAACGCCAGCUAUGGCUCAUCCGACAGAGACAACAACGACAGCUACGGCUCCAGCAACAAGGACUCCUACGGCUCCAGCAACAAGGACUCCUACGGCUCCAGCAACAAGGACUCCUACGGCUCCAGCCGCAACGACAACGACAACUCCUAUGGCUCUGGCACCGGCGCUGGCGCUGGCCUCGGAGGUGGAAACACCACCUAUGGCUCUCGUGACAACGACAAUGACAACAGCUUUGGCUCUAGCCGUCGGGACAAUGACAACGACAACUCUUACGGCUCUAGCAACCGUGACAACAACGACUCCUAUGGCUCCAGCAACACAUACGGCUCUUCCGGUAACAAUGACUCCUACGGCUCCAGCCGCAAGGACAACGACUCGUUUGGAACUGGCAACACAUAUGGCUCUUCCAGUGGUAACACAUACGACUCCGAACGUGUUAAAAACGACGACGGUUCUUACGGACAGAGUAACCCUGCCUACGGUGACGAUGACAACAACAAGAAGUCUGGUGGCUUCAUGGACAAGAUCAAGGACAAGGUUGAGGAGAAGGUCAAGGGACACAAGAACCGUGACGAUAACGACUACUAA